GCUGGGCUGCGGGGCCGGGCGGAGCGUGCCCUGGGCCGUUCCCGGAGCCGCCGUGUCCUUAACGCGAGGCACAGCUGAGCGCCGAGCAGCCCGCGGAGCUGGGCGAGCCCCCGGCCACGCUGCCCACGGUGGGCACCAACCUGACGGACCUGCGGCUGCCGCGGAGAGUGACCGUGCGGGAGCUGGGCGGCUGCAUGGGCCCCAUCUGGCCCAGCUACUACAGCGAGUGCAGCGCUCUCCUGUUCGUGGUGGACGCCUCCAACCCCACGCAGCUCUCCUCGUCCUGCAUCCAGCUGCUCUCGGUGCUCUCCGCCGCGCCGCUCGCCUCCGUGCCCGUCCUGGUGCUCUUCAACAAGAUUGACCUGCCCUGCUACAUGUCACUGGCGGAGAUGAAGUCGCUGUUCCGCAUGCAGGACAUGGUGGCCUGUGCCACGCAGCCCAUCACCAUGCUGGAGACCAGCGCCCGCGACGGCACCGGGCUGGCCGAGGUGCUGCAGUGGCUCCGGAGCGCCCUCCGAGAGCCCUGCUGAGCCCAGCCGGCAGCCCGGGACGCUCCUGCCGCAAGGGGAAAUGGCCAAGGAGCAGCUGCCCUGCCUGGACGGCGCCUUGGGCUGCUGAUGUGAUGGACUGGAUCCCUGUGGGACUUCACAGUAAAACCCCCACCACACUGUC